AUGAUGCAUAUUAAGCGCAAGAGAGAGAAGGACUCAGCACGCCGAGAAGAGCGCUACGCAUUCAAGAAGGAAGAAGCCAAGAACCCCAGACUAAAGGAGGAGCGACUUCGUCGCAAUGUUCCCCUUACUCUUGACCGGAAACGUGUUUGGGAUGAUGCCGACAGUGAUGCCGAGGAGACUGGCCUUGGUCUUAGCGUAGAUGUCGAACGAAUCAAGCGGGCUAAGCAGGAAGAAGAGGACGAGCUGAACCGGCCUUUGGAGGACGGCGAAGAUGAUAGUGAAGCUGGAAAUUCCGAUAAUGAAUCCGUCGACAGCAUGAUCGCCUCGAGUGACGACGAAGACGACGAGAAAGAAAAAGACGAUGAGGAUGAGGACUCGGGCCGCGGGCGAAAGAAAGCCUCUUCGCUGCCCACUGCCACCGAACGCGCCACCAGCCCGUCACAAUCUACUCGCAGUACAAACCUCAAUCUUGCACCAGAGGCAUUAGCUGCAAAAUUUCCUACGCUUUUCACGUCCGAGGCACCACCCACCCCCAAAAUUCUCGUCACCACAUCUAUCAACUCGACACUCCACAACGAAGCCGAAAUUCUCACAGACCUUUUCCCUAACAGUGUCUAUAUUCGACGUACUGCACACCGCUACUCGCACAAGUUUUCCAUUCGCGAGAUCUCCAAGUUCGCCGCAAAUCGCAAUUACACAGCAGUCGUCAUAAUGAAAGAGGACCAGAAAAAGCCAACCGGCCUGACAAUAGUGCACUUACCUAUUGGCCCAACAUUCCACUUUUCAAUCAGCAAUUGGCUUGAGGGAAAGCGCCUGCCAGGUCACGGUCGAGCAACGGGCCACUGGCCUGAACUUAUCUUGAACAAUUUCCGCACACCACUCGGUUUGUUAUCAGCGCAUAUGUUCCGCACACUUUUCCCCCCGCAGCCAAAUUUUGAAGGGCGGCAGGUCGUUACAUUGCACAAUCAGCGUGAUUACAUCUUCGUGCGUCGCCACCGAUAUGUCUUCCGCGAGAAGCGGGAGACAGAGAAGGCGGUUGUUGGUGCAGAUGGCAAAGAAAUGGAGGGUGCGCAAGGGAUUCGCACUGGUUUGCAAGAACUGGGACCGCGAUUCACCUUGAAGUUACGUCGUGUGGAUAAGGGUAUCCAGCGGGGUAGUGGACAGGAGUGGGAGUGGGAGGGUGGAAUGGAGAAAGUGCGUACAAAGUUCCAGCUUUAG